GGCACAGGCAGCAGCAGUGAUGCCCAGCAGAGCCUGCAGUCCUUCUGGCCCCGCGUCAUGGAGGAGAUCCGCAACCUCACGGUGGUGAGUGCCUCAGUGGGUCACGUUGCUUCUAAAGAGCCCGUGGUGGGUUUCAGGAUGUCUACAGGUGAAAGUGUAGCUGCCUUCAGUGGUUGGAGCUAACAGAAGGUUGAGGGAUUUGAGAUUGUAACUCACGCUGUACUGUGCAGGCUGUUCUACUGCUUCUCAACUUCAGUAAUACAAAAUAAGUGAUGAGAGUUACUUCCAUGUAAGGGCACCCUUAUCAAAAUACGACUCUUAAUCCCCCCCCCUUCUCCAUUAUAAACUCAAACAUCUGGCUAUUGACAGGCAGUGGCAAUUUUGUGAAUGAAUUUUUGGUUUUCAUCUUCUGUAUAGAACAGUUAUGUUCUUUCAGAACCGCCUCCUUUGACAAGCCUGAAGACUUGAAAAUCACUUGAAUGCCAAGUGCAUCGUUAUCACGUGCCUUAUUAAUUUAAAGUCAUUUCAUUAAAAAAAAAAUCACAGAGAGGCUGAGAAUAGGAAUUGGACUAAGUAGCUUCUAUUUUUCCAUCCCCAGAAGAGAUGUGCCUGAGAACGAGGGCAUAUAAUAAAAAUGGCUUUUCUAGAGAGAUGGAGAGAUGACUGUGAUGCAGUAGUCCUGCAGGCACACUCCUGAGCUUGUAAUGCAAGUGAAAACAAAAGAGCUCUGGUUGGAGAAGGGCUGUUCAAAGUGAAAACCCCAAUCCAGUAGUUGGAAGAUAAGCUGCUUUUUUUCUGCCUGUGUGCAGAUAGUUGAUUGAAGAAACAGAUGUUGAAUUUUGUAUGCAUAAUCAGAAUUAAUUACUUUCUUCUUUUCCUGUGGUGAACUCUUGUGUUCAAGAGCUGUAGUUUGUCUUUGUCUCCACAUGAAAGGGGUUUAUUCCACAGCUUAUCAAGUAUGGGCAGCUUAAUUUUUAACUGCCACGUGAAGCUAUUUAUUGCAUGUCAAGGUAGGAAGUCACUGGAAAUUAACUGGAGACACUGGAGCAGAGAUAGCAAGGAAAAGGGUUAAGUGCAGAACAUUUGAAUGUGGCUGUUCCCAGCACAAUCAAAUCCUGAAAUUCAUGUGCAUAUUGUGCUGCCGUGCAUGUGGAUGGAAGUAACCUCGGAGCCCCUCUGUGUGUGCUGUGCUGUGCAGGUGAGAGCAGCUGUAAUGGAAGGCCUGCUUUGCACAGCUCUCUGCUUUGGGGCAUUUGCAACGUGCCACCACUAGCGGGAAUGCAGGGAAGAAAGAAGGGAGCUGCUCUGUGAGAGCUGGGAUCACUGGGCUGUUCUCUGUCCUGCCGUAGCAUUCUCUUGGAGAAGCAGGAAGCAGAAUUAGGCUGAAACGAGCAUUGCAGCUCCACAGUGAGCUAGAAGUGGCCUGAGAAAGCAUUGAGACCUAAUUUGGAAAAAAGAAAAGAUGAAGAAUUGGUGUCUACAGUUAGUUGUGCUGGGCAGUAGCCAGUAGUGGUCACGCUUCCCUUCACCAUGGUACUUGCGUAUUGAUUUUGAUUUAUGUGACAUUUGCCUGUCAGCCUUAAAGGAAUAAAGGCACUUUAAAUUGCUCUGGUUUCUCCCACUGUCUCUGUUCUCUGAAGGUUUUAAUAGCGUUACACCUUGUGCAGUGCACUUGUAGCUGCAAGUGUGUGCCUGCGCUCCUGCUGUUCUUGGAAGUGAAAUAAUUAACACCAUUAAGGGUUUCACAAAUUAGGAAUUUUGUCGUCAUCUUUCCUUGAGGCCCAAAGCUCAUGGGGCACUUUAAAAAGGAAUGAGCUUAACAAAAUAAACUCAAGGAAAUCUUUGGGAUAUUUUUUCAUGCCCUAGCAACCUCCCGACUUGUUUAUGUGAUGGUUACUGGUGGGAAGUGCCACCCUGCGUGUGUGUGCUCAGACGCAGCUCCUGCCUGCCUGCCCUCUCCCAGUGCUCCCAGUCCUUCCACACCAGGGCUCUGCCCUCCUGCUGCAGAAAGACUUCAGGGUUCAGGAGCUGCCCCUGGCUCGGAUUAAGAAGAUAAUGAAACUAGAUGAAGAUGUGAAGAUGAUUAGUGCUGAGGCUCCUGUGUUGUUCGCCAAGGCAGCUCAGAUAUUCAUAACAGAACUGACUUUGCGAGCCUGGAUCCACACAGAAGACAACAAGCGCAGGACUCUGCAGAGGAAUGACAUUGCCAUGGCAAUUACAAAGUUUGAUCAGUUUGACUUUCUUAUUGAUAUCGUCCCAAGAGAUGAACUGAAGCCUCCGAAGCGUCAGGAAGAGGUGCGUCAGGCUGUGACCCCGGCUGAACCCGUGCAGUAUUAUUUCACACUUGCUCAGCAGCCUGCUGCAGUGCAGGUCCAGGGGCAGCAGCAAGGACAGCAGACCACAACAUCUACAACCACCAUCCAGCCAGGGCAGAUCAUCAUCGCACAGCCGCAGCAGGGGCAGGUGGGAGAAGGCCAGCAGGUGCAGAUUGUGCAGGCCCAGCCACAAGGACAGAGCCAGCAGGCGCAGAGUGGGACCGGGCAGACCAUGCAAGUCAUGCAGCAGAUCAUCACCAACACGGGGGAGAUCCAGCAGAUCCCGGUUCAGUUGAAUGCUGGCCAGCUGCAGUAUAUCCGCUUAGCCCAACCUGUGUCAGGCACCCAGGUAGUCCAGGGGCAGAUCCAGACGCUUGCAACCAAUGCACAGCAGAUAACGCAGACAGAAGUCCAGCAAGGACAGCAGCAGUUCAGCCAGUUCACAGACGGACAGCAGCUCUACCAGAUCCAGCAAGUGACUAUGCCUGCAGGCCAGGACAUCACGCAGCCCAUGUUCAUCCAGUCCACCAACCAGAGCUCAGAUGGCCAAGCCACGCAGGUGACAGGGGACUGAGCAGAGUCACUCUGUGGGGAAACAAACACGUGCCAGCCCGACGUUCACCUUACCGACCUGGUCUGAGGAAUACAUUGCUUCUGUGUCUCUGUACUUGACAGUAAGCCUACAGUAGGCUGCAGUCUCUGGUGCACUAUACGCCUUCCUCUGGUGGGUAUGAGAGCAUAUCCAGCAGACACUGACAGGAAUGCAAGAUUUUUAUUUUUGGAAGUCAAUAUUUCAGUAUAUUCGGCUGCUUGUUCAAAGCCCCUGGAACUGAAAGAGAAUGGAUGGAAUUUGUAGCAUCUCAUUGAACAACGUGUAAAAGGUUCUUAUCGAGUGAAAUGAUUAAAGGGUACUGCGCCUGGUUUGUUGCAAGAGCUUUAUUCCUGGUACUCUGUUUGUGUUUCUCCCCGAAUAGAGCUAGAUUCAGUCCUACCAUCUCAGUGGUCUGUUACGGGUGGGAGGGGGGAGCGUGGAUGUGUGUUAGGUUGCCCUCUCCUGCCUCCUUUUUUGGUAAGCUGGAGCAUUGAAUAUAUGCAGCUAGGGGGCAGGGAGUAGGGGGAGAGUAAUUAAAGUGAAAACAAAAACAUUCCUUGUAUUAUGACUGUAUUUUCUAAAGGCAAAAUGAUUCCUGAACUUGACCCGGUUUGUUCCAGAGAUGCUAAUGGCAGUCUGGAUGAACCCCAGCCCCACUGUUCACUGUUGUACUGGCUUCGGUUGAUGCAUGUCACAUAAGCUUCCUCAAACGAAAUAAAUUCCCUUUGUAAGAUAA